AAAGUGUACUCGCAGGAGCCUAUGCCUGAGCCUAUACCAUGUACCAUCACGCACCAAGGCUAUAUCAGUUUCCGUCACGCGACCGCAAAAACAUUGACACGUAGGCUAACUUUAAUUAUUUUGCUUGAGAAGGUUAAACCUUCAUUAAAGUCUUCACUUACACUCGAGCCAUCCUUGCGCAGUUAGGCUACAUUUCUACAAGUUUAACGUGGUAAACAUUGUGUCACUUGGCCCAAAAAACGUCAGGCCUUGUUUUUGGUUCAGCGAUCUGACUGUGCAUUAUACACAGCAGGCCUACAUUCAGUGGACAUUUUCAACUCCACCAUUCACUAGCUAGCUUGCCCUUCCUCAUUUGUCGAACCUGGACUUCGAAGCACUUAUGGCAAAAAAGAAUCGUUCCAGAACUCCAGUGAAUAAGGCCUCUCUUGAUCCGGCACCUAUGGCUGAACCAGCUGUGGGCGAUCUACCAGAUGCCGCUAGUGAGAAUGCCUCUGAACCCUGCAUGCCCGAGGCAGCGAAAGAGGUCCCUGGAAUGUCGUCUACUGCAUUGUCAGCAGAUGAAACCCUGGAGGCAAGCUGCACUGAAGACAAGCCAACGGUGACUGACGACUCAGAUUCCAAUGAUACUGUUGAACUCAAAGAGGAUGAGGCGACUUCUGGAGACCAGGCCAAGGGAGGAUCCCAAGCGUCCAUCCCAGAGGAAGCAGAGAAGUCCCUUGAUCAUGACACCCAAGAGCUAGAUGAGGAGGGUGGAUUGCCACAAAACAAACCCCAAGUUGAGGAGGUCCAGGACCAAGAACGCAAGCGUCCCUUGGAAGGUGCAGAGAAUGACGAGGGCAGUGCGGCCAAGAAAGUCAUGUCAGAGGUCAGUGCCAAUACUCCUGGCAAGACUGUCGGUUGUGAAGAGUGAAAUCCAGGUAUGACUCAUUUUUCUCACCUUUUUUCAUGAGUUUUUGACCUGGACGUUCCGGAAGUUUGAGAGUGUGUUAGCAGUGCUGAGGGUGUUCAUUUAUGAAUUCCAGAAUAACUAUGACCGAGGAAUUUAGAAUUAAGAGUUAGAAGUUGUAAAAAGUACCAACAUUUGACAAAUAUUUACGUCAAUGAAGAACACACAUGGUUGUCUUCCUCUACAUUGAAAACUUCAAUUUAUAUUUACCAUCAUUGUUAUUUAAAUUGAAUGCUAAUUACUUGAUGUUGAUGACUGAUUUAUUCCCAAGUAGUGUGGGUUAAUAUUAUUCACUUCUGUGUUCAAAUACUGUGACUUUUAAAAUUGUUGCCAUUUUUAACUGUACAUUCUAAAAACUUGGCCUUUUUGCCGUGUUUUCCAGACACUUUCAAGUUUUCAGAUAAAGGUGUCAGUGUUAUUUGAAGUGUUGAAUCCUUUCAAAAGCAAGUCCUGUAAAGCAGUAAAAAAGAUGUAAUUCUGAUGUCUUCAUCUUCAUGAAAAUGUGUCCCGAAUACACAGUACUUGCUUCGUUGUAGGUGUCCUCGUGUAAACACUCUUGAUAUCAUGAAAUGAGUUCAGACGUUUCUCAAGUUUUUGUAGAGAUUAAGGUUUACGAAAUUGAAGAUCAUUUCCAUCAUUUGUGAGUGCUUUCCUAAAGUGAAAUUUCAGCCUAUACCUACACAUAAAUGCCCUGGAAAGAAUGCCGACCGCUAUCAAAUAUCAUAUGGUAUAUGAAUUACUUGAGUCAUUCCGGCAAUUCCACAAUUCUAUGGUCAAUUUUCAUUUUGCCUCAUGCUGACACUAAUGAAACAUCUUUAACUUUAAAUUGAAACAAUUCCAAACAAUUUUUUUUUCAAUAAAUGAGCUGAUUUAUUAGCGUAUACUGCAUGUGUAGUAUAUAUCAUACUAACAAGAAACUAGGGGUUAAAGGUAUAAAACAGUACAAAACUACAAAAAUAGUUAUCAAAAUGCAUAGCUGUGAAUAGAAACUUGACUAAGAGAAUUGCAUUUAAACUUUGGAAUGCGUAAUUUCUUAUAUCUAUCUUCAAAGAAUGUUUUACUGUUUUGAAAGAGUUUGACAUGUUACCACGUUAAGAAAUGGAUGCAUUUGUUGUUAAAAUUCUAUUCUAUAGAGUUGUUUUAUUUGUUAAAUGUUAACGAAAUGCAUAUUGUUUUUAAACAAAUACAACACGGGAGACUGUCCUAGA